AAAGGACACGACUCUGGAUGGCUUCUUCAUCCCAAAGGGAACUAUUGUGAUGACAAAUAUAACCUCUGUGAUGUUUGACAAAAAUGAGUGGGAAACCCCCGACACUUUCAACCCGCAGCAUUUCCUGAAGGACGGGAAGUUCUGGAAAAGGGAAUCAUUUCUGGCAUUUUCUAUUGGGAAGCGCGCCUGCCUGGGCGAGUUGCUCGCCCGCUCCGAGCUCUUCCUCUUCUUCACAUCUCUGCUCCAGAAAUUCACCUUCCAGGCACCUCCGGACACCACGCUCAGCCUCCAACCCGUGAUGGGCAUCACGAUGGCCCCACAGCCCUACAAGAUCUGCGCUGUGCCUCGGUAGGGCAGCCUUGGCUGCCGUCCUCACAGGGAAAAUCCUUUGUCAGGAACACUGAAAACAAGCCCUCAAGAGCUUGUCUGUGCUAAUCAAAUAAAAAACAAAAAAGCUGCAAAAAAAUAAUCCUUCUGUUGCUUGGGAGCACUUUACCUAAAGUGCAAGGGAAGCAGAAGCAGCACAGAGUGUUGGAAGGGUCAUGACUAUGGCGCUCACCACUGGUUGUCAGGAAGGAAGUGGCUUUGUGGUGAGAAGUCACCAGUUCAACACGUCCCUUCUCAUUGUGCCAAAGAUUUGGGGCUGUGCAAGAUGGGCAUGGACACAGUGUGGGGCCGAGGAAGUGGAUUGGGACGUGGCCCCCUCAGUGAC